ACGCCGUCAACGCCAUUCGAACUGGUUCAAAAGGAUAAAAUACUUUGGUCUUUAUUACUAUCGUCAUCUCCAUCUUCUUCCUUCCGACUUCUUCCGCUUCAGCUGGUGUUAGGGGCGCGAAAAGCUUGCGGGUACGGCGGGUUUUUGUCUAAGAGGGGUGGUGGAGUGCGGGGUCUCUUUGUCUCAUCGAUCUGGUCUGUUGAUAGUUGUUUGAGGCGAAUCGAACAGGUCAGUUAUUUAAUGUAUUGAACCCCGUCAGAUCUCUAUGUUAACAUCCGGUGAGGCUUUCGUCUUUCUCCUAGCUGCUUUAACGGGUACAGGAUCUCGUUCACCCCUCACUUUCGAAAGUUGGUAGCUAGGUUUUUUUAGGGAUUUGUUGGUUUUGAUCCUAGAUCUUGGAAUUUCUGUUUACUUUUAGAUGGGUUUGUACAGUUAAGUUAGAUUAGUGCUUCCUGUUGGGUUGUCUUGUCGGAUUUCGGAGGGGAGUUCAUUCGAAAUCUAUAGUUCGAUAUUUUCUAGGGUUUAAAAGGAGGAUCGCGGUUCGUCUUAGCAUAGUGGUGAGAAGAUGUCGUCAGCUGGCGUUGUAAUCAGUUCCAUUAUGGAGGAUGCAGUCCUUUCCUCGGUCCUUUUUGAACGCAGCCGGUCACUGCAUUACUUGGACGAUUCUAUCCUGAUCUACCUUGCAGUCCCAGGCUCGUCAGUGAUCCCGAUUAGAGUUUUAGACUCUGAUUUAAUUGCCUCUGUCAAGCUUAGAAUCCAGAGCUGCAAAGGAUUUGUUGUCAAGAAUCAGAAGCUGGUUUUUGAUGGGCGGGAGCUGGCCCGGAAUGAUUGCCGUAUUCGGGAUUAUGGUGUGACUGAUGGGAAUGUCCUCCAUCUCGUUAUAAGGUUUUCUGAUCUCCGUUUCAUCACUGUAAAUACUGCCUGCGGGAAGAAAUUUGAGUUCCAAGUGGAACAGAGCCGAAAUGUCGCUUACAUUAAGGAACAGAUCGCCAAGAAGGGUAAAGAUUUUGUGGAUAUUCAAGCUCAAAAGCUUAUCUGUGAUGGCGAGGAGCUUGAAGAUCAGCAGAUGGUCAAUGACAUCUGCAAGAACAAUGAUGCUGUCAUCCACUUACUGAUACGCAAGUCGGCUAAGGUUAAGACGAAGACUAUUGAGAAAGACUUCGAGUUGUCGAUUGAAGCCCCAUGCUUAGAGGAGAAGAAGGGGGCUGAUAUGAAGGUGGUUGUCAAAAAACCACCUGACAUACGAGCUUUGAUUAAGCCAGUUACUGUCAAUCCAAAGGUUGAACUUUCCUCGGUGCUUGAGGAAUUGAUUAAUUCAACCUAUGCUGGAUUGGAAAAGGGACACAAGCCGGUCAUGUCUCCAGAAGGCUCAGGGGGAGCUUACUUCAUGUUUGAUGCAACAGGCCACAACUAUGUAGGUGUCUUCAAGCCCAUUGACGAGGAGCCCAUGGCUGAGAACAAUCCUCGUGGACUCCCGCCAUCCUUGGAUGGGGAAGGAUUGAAGAGGGGGACUCGUGUUGGCGAGGGUGCGCUAAGAGAAGUCGCCGCUUACAUUCUAGAUCAUCCAAUCAGCGGUCCUCGCAGUUUAUUCUCUAAUGAAGUUGGGUUUUCCGGGGUUCCUCCGACUACAAUGGUCCGGUGCUUACAUGGAGGUCAUGGAAAAAAGGAGCUAAAGAUUGGUUCAUUGCAGAAGUUUGUAAAGAACCAUGGCAGCUGUGAGGAAAUAGGUCCUCAGGCAUUUCCAGUUGAGGAGGUGCAUAAGAUAGCUGUUCUCGAUUUAAGGCUGGCUAAUGCAGAUCGUCAUGCUGGUAAUAUAUUGUUCUAUAGGGAGGGUGAAGAGGACCGAAUUGUGCUGAUUCCUAUUGACCAUGGAUACUGUUUGCCAGAGAAUUUUGAAGAUUGCACAUUCGAUUGGCUCUUCUGGCCUCAGGCUCGCCAGCCUUUAGAUUCCACAACCUUAGACUACAUUAAAUCUCUAGACGCUGAGCAGGACUUGGCCCUUCUCAAGUUCUAUGGCUGGGAGCCCUCACUGGAGUGCUCCCGAACUCUCCGCAUAUCCACCAUGCUUCUGCAGAAAGGAGCAGAAAGGGGACUCACUCUUUAUGACAUAGGAAACAUCUUGUGCAGAGAAACAGUCAAGAAGGAAUCCAAGAUGGAGGAAAUGAUCCGCGAAGCCGAAGACGCCGUUCUUCCAGGUACUGGCGAAACUGCAUUCAUGGAAACAAUUUCUGAUAUCAUGGAUCUGUAUCUUAACAGUCUUACCAAAUAGAAUUGUUGCUGUUAUAGAUACAGUUUAUCACUAUCUUCAAUAAAUAAAUUUGGCUUCCCUGAAGUUUGUGUGUGAAUUGUAUUUUAUUUGUUAAUAGAUGGUCUGUCCUGAACAUUCACUACUGGCAUACAAGUUUGUUGAUUAGGAGACUUUGGGCAUAAACACAGGAUCCUCAUGUGUUUAUGCAGACCCUUCAUUUGAUUUUGUGUCUAUAGAUAGAUAUGAAGUUAAUUGAUUUCUUUGUUCAUUAUAU